AUGGGCAAGUCCAAAAAGGCCGUGCUCCACGAUGCAGGUGGCAAGAAGAUCCUGCAUCCCGCCGAGGCAGAUCGCAAGAAGGCGAAGCAGCGCCUCCGCGAGAAUCGGGCUAAGAAUCGCAAGAAGCGCUUUGAAGCAAAGAUGCUCGAGAAAGACACGUCGCUUGUACAGGCGGAGAUCACGGAGUACAAGGAGCUGGAAAAAGCAGGGAAGCUUACCAAGUGGAAGAAGGACAAGAUGGAUCGGGAGGUGGCCGUCUUCGGCCGGCUAAAGGAGAAGGUGGAGCAGAACACGCGGAAGCGAUUCGAGGACAACGCAGGUCGAUCUUCUACGACCCUGCCACGUGCUCAGCUGCUUUUGGCCUGA